GGCCAGCACGAGACCAGAGCGCAGCCUUGCACUCUCGCGUCCCCGCCACGCACCCACGCCGUCCACCGGGCCGUCCCCCCUCGCCACGAUGCUCAGCCGGCCGACUGGGGCAACCGCCUCGUUCGCAGCGCGAGCGACGCGCCUGUCGCCGUUCGUGCACGCGCGCUUCGCUCCGAGCAUCCGCACCGACGCCCUUGCGCGCGGUCCCGCCCUCGUCGCGUACCACCACGCCCAGCUCCGCCUCCUCACCACCUCGCGCCCCUUCCUCGCCGCGCAACCCUCGACCCCGCCGCCCUCGGCCGCCGCCGAGAAGGCCGUCGCCGAUGCGUCCAAGGAGGUCGCCGUCCAGGACGACAAGAAGGCGGCCGUCGCCAAGAAGGAGUCGUCCAAGGACAAGGGCACCCGCAUGCAGCGCGUGUGGGCCGUCAUCAAGAAGGAGGCGCUCCACUACUGGCACGGCACCAAGCUGCUGGGCAAGGAGGUCCGCAUCUCGGCCCGCCUCUUGAGUCGCCUCGUCGCCGGCAAGAAGCUCACCCGCCGCGAGCACCGCCAGCUCAAGCGCACGACCCAGGACCUCCUUCGCCUCAUCCCGUUCUCCGUCUUCGUCAUCAUCCCGUUCAUGGAGCUCCUCCUUCCUGUCGCGCUCAAGCUCUUCCCCAACAUGCUCCCGUCCACCUUCGCCGACAAGUUCAAGGAGGAGGAGAAGAAGCGCAAGCUGCUCAAGGUCCGCCUCGAGAUGGCCAAGUUCCUCCAGGAGACGAUCCGCGAGGGCGGGCUCAACAACCGCGACAAGAUCAAGCAGUCCGAGGAGUUCAAGGAGUUCUUCCGCAAGGUCCGCUCUACUGGCGAGAACCCGUCGACCGAGGAGGUCGUCCGCGUCGCUCGCCUGUUCGAGGACGACUUGACCCUUGAGAACCUGUCGCGCCCUCAACUCGUCUCGAUGUGCCGGUACAUGAACAUCAACGCUUUCGGCACCGACAUCUUCCUGCGCUUCACGAUCCGCAACCGCAUGCAGAAGCUCAAGGACGACGACAAGGUCAUCGCGUCCGAGGGCCUCGACGCGCUCAGCACGGCCGAGCUCCAGGCGGCGUGCCAGUCGCGCGGCAUCCGCACGCUCAAGGUCAGCGACGAGCACCUGCGCUCCGAGCUCCAGCAGUGGCUCGACCUGCACCUCCACUACGGCCUGUCGGGCACGCUCCUCAUCCUGAGCAAGGCGUUCGCGUUCAACCGUGCGUACGGCGUCACGCCCGAGGGCGAGGCCGGCGGCGACGAGGUCCUCAAGAGCCUCAAGGACACGCUCGCGUCGCUCCCGGACAACCUCGUCAACGAGGCCGAGCUCGAGGUGUCGUCUGACUCGGCGUCGUACAAGCAGCGCCUCGAGGUGCUCCAGCAGCAGGAGGAGCUCAUCGAGGACGAGGAGGAGCAGGAGGCCAAGGAGGCCGAGGCGCGUCGCGUCAAGAAGGAGGCCGAGGAGGAGGCCAAGCGCGAGGAGGCCGAGAAGAAGCGCGAGGCCGAGGAGCAGGAGAAGGCGGCCAAGGAGGCCGACCAGGUCCAGGAGAUGCUCCCCGAGAGCGAGGUCAAGGAGGCGACCAAGGAGCAGCCUGCCGAGCCCGCCGCGCCGGCGCCCGAGGACGUCCGCAUGACGUCCGAGCAGGUCCAGGAGCUCGGCUCUGCGCUCGAGAUCCUGUCGGCCAAGUCGGCUGUCGUCAAGGAGCGCACCGAGCUGCGUCGCCUCAUCGCCGAGAACGACAAGGCCGAGCACGAGGAGGGCGGCAAGCCCAACCCGUUGAACAAGCGCCUCAAGUCGAUCCUGACCAAGAUCGACAAGCAGCUCGAGGAGUACGACGCGAGCGUCGGCUCGCGCCUCAACAUGUUCUCGGCCAACUCGGAGGGCAUGAUCGCGGCCAAGGACCUUCGGAGCGCGCUCGAGGUCAUCAACCACCGCCCGUCCGAGGACGAGAUCAAGGUCCUCCUCACCAAGCUCGACCCGGACGGCGACGGCUUCAUCCCGCUCGACGACAUCCUCCAGCUCGCCGAGGGCGAGGGCCUCGGCAUCCUCAUCGAGGACGCCGCCGUCGCGCUCAAGGAGGACGCGCAGGCGAUCCGGGCCGACGUGUCGUCGCCGCCGCCGCCGUCGUCGUCGUCGUCCGCCACUGCGCAGGGCGCCAAGUCGGACGGCGAGGUCAAGAAGGACGAGGAAAAGGUCGAGAAGAAGCUCAAGCGCGAGGACGUCGUGCGCGAGUGAGCCUCGCCAGAUUGCUGUGGCUGUGUAGACGUGCGCUCCCCCUUUGCUCUCCUCGCAUCUGUAACUAUGUCUCCCUCGCCGGC